AUGGACUCUGCUUCACUGAGCUUCAUGUCUUCUCCAACAAGGCGUUCUACUCGUCAAUCAACUUCAAAGGCUGUAAAAUUCAUUGAUCCAUUAGUCGAUGAAGAAGAUGAUGGAGCGAUGGAUUUUGAUGAAGAAAUACCGUCAAACGAAAAUACAUUUAACGUUAAGGAAGAACGUUUUAGUCAACAACAAAAACCAGAUGCAAGCGGAAGUAGACGUAAUGAUUCAGAUAUGGAGGAUGAAUGGACUCCAGUUCAAAGGGAAGAAGGUGAAACAGAUGAUGUUCACGAUAUUAACAGUUAUGCGGAAGCUUCAUCAUCAACACCGUUUAAUAAUACAACAACAAGUCAGAAUCAAUUAGCUGAUUCCUCAGUUUAUGAUUUUAGUGAAGUAUCGGCAAAGAAAAAAAACAGUGUUAAUGUUAAUUGGAAAGAUGUUAAACCUCAAAACUUGAAAGCGAAUCGUGAUACAAAACAUAUGUGUCCGUAUUGUAAUUAUUGUACGGGUAAAAAAUAUCUGCUACAAAGACAUUUAAAAUCACAUUCGACUGAACGCCCACAUAAAUGUACAUAUUGUUCAAAUGCGUUCAAAACAACAUCUCAACUACAAAAUCAUGUCAAUACACAUUUGGGUAUUAAACCGUUUCAAUGCAAAUUUUGUGAUUAUAAGUUUACAACAUCAGGCGAGUUAAUUAGACAUGUUCGUUACAAACAUACGCUGGAAAAGCCACAUAAAUGUACUGAAUGUGGUUAUGCAACAGUUGAAUUGAGUAAAUUGCGUCGCCAUAUUCGGACACAUACUGGAGAAAAACCUUACACCUGUCAAUUUUGUUCUUAUGCAAGUCCAGAUACAUUCAAACUUAAACGACAUCUACGCGUUCAUACAGGUGAACGUCCAUAUGAAUGUACAAUUUGUAAAUUUCGUUUUACUCAAAGUAAUAGUUUGAAGGCACACAUGUUGACUCAUCAAACAAAUGCUCCAAAAUUCCAGUGUCAAUAUUGCCCGACUAUUUUGACACGAAAAUCAGAUUUGAAACAUCAUAUUAUUAAAAAACAUCAAAAUGAACAUUUAUUAUAUUGUCAAGAAUGUGAUCUUGAUUUUCCAAAUGAACGUUCGUUACAUAAACAUGAACAAACUAAACAUCAUGGUCAGUCUGCGGCUUCUACAUAUGCAUGUUCAAUGUGUGCAUUUUCAACCCAUAUGCCAGAUGAAUUAGAAGAACAUAUGAAUAAUAUGCAUCGAGAUGAACGUACGUUUCAAUGCAAUGAAUGUGGUUUAAUGUAUGCUACACGUGGCGAUUUACGUCAACAUACAACAAAAGUACACCGUUGUGGUGUGUAUGCCAAUGUUGCUGGUGCUGGUCUGUCGCUUCGUCCGCCCACAAAUUAUAUUCCAGCAAAAAUUGAGCAUCGUCCAAUAACCACACCACGUUUACAUCAUACAAUUAAAGAACAACAACAUCAAAUUUAUCGUUGUACUUUGUGUUCAAAAACAUUUGCAACGUUACGUACAUUGGAACAUCAUACAUAUGAUGUACAUAAUAUUGAUCCGUAUGAUAAUGAUUUACAAGAUAAUGAACAAAUAGCUAUGAUACAAGUUCGAGGACAACAGCAUGGACAAAAUUCUGAUUAUAAACAACCACCGGUUAUUGUCAAACUUGAAAGAGAUCAUUGUGAUGCUUAUGAAUUAGCUGAUGAUCAUAUUCAAACAUCACAUCGUCGUCAUGAUCAAGCUGAUUAUUAUGAUAACGAUUUAUCUCUGCCUAGUGGCACUGGUGCAUCCACUUCAUAUGUUAAUACUCAAGCUAAAUCAGAAAUGUUUGAUCAUGAUCCGUCUUAUUAUAAAAAUGAUCAAUAUGAACAUUAUGAAACAAAAGAAGAAGAAUCAGAUGUUGCUGAACAGGUAGUAAUUGAUUUAAUUCAAGAUGAAGAGGCAAAUGUCGAAGAUGAUGAUAAUGAAAUAAUUAAAUAUCGUUCAUCGGGUUAUAAUCAACAACGAAUUAUAGAUACAUAA